AUGCCGAAACGACCACAUCCACCGCCUACCAGGCGGAAAAAGACGCCGAAGGCGCCCGAAACCGCAGACGAGUACCUUGCAGUCGCCGUUGAGCUUGAAGAAAGUGGUGAAAGGUGGAGGAGCGGCGAUGUUGCUAAGGCUGGCCGGUUCUUCGUCCAAGCUAUCACUGCGUACGAAAGUACCCUGGUCCGAUAUCCAAAUAACUUUGAUGCCCGCUAUAACCGUGCCCGUUUAUUAUACACUCUGACUCAAUUACCUCUCUCCCCAACCUUCUUCCCCACAACUUCGACACCAGAAGCUCGUCUCCUCGCCGCAGCGGAGGCACACCACGAAUGUAACGAUUUAGAGCAGAAUAGUUCUGAUAUUCUAUUCAAUUAUGGACAGACGCUUAGCUCUCUUGGAGAAUUCUAUGCUAAUAAACCGGAGGAAGGAGAUGGUCCUUUAGAAGGAGGGGAGGUGGUAGGAGGGGAGGAAACACUUGCGAAAGAAAUCGAAAGGUUAUUAUCAUCUAAACAAGCGUUUGAAAACUCAUGGAGCGUUUUACAGCAGUGUCUUGUUGUUCAAGAGGCGGAUUAUAAAUCUACUUUGGAACAAUCACAGUCGUUUGGUGGUAUUCAAGAUGGAGGAGAUGUUAUGAACCGCGACGAGGAAGACGACAAUGACGAUGAUGAAAACGGCGGAGUAAAACUUCCAUCAGUUGAAGAACGAAGAAACUCAACCGCAAGUUCUCAAUCGUCGAAUAGCGGUGGUGGUAGUGGUGGGAAUAACACCACCCAAUGGGCCUCAAUCCUCGAACCCACCACCAAACUCUCGAUCCUAGAUACAGCACUAACAAUGCUAGAAGUCCAAACCUCCAUCCUAACCCUUUCAACUCCCGCAACAGCAACCAAAAUAUUCUCAAAAGAGUAUUUAGAACAAAUAACCAUCCACGCGAACACAAUUCUCGAAAACUACAUCCUCCCCAUCGCGGCGGGGUUACACGAAAAAGAAGGAGAUAACGACGACGACGAGUAUUCGAGAUUAGGACUAGAACCCAACGAAAUCUCAGAAAAGGAAAUGGAAGCUACACUUUCCAGAACGAAUUUCCUAACAGCAUUGGCAGAAACAAAAUACUAUCUGGGAUUAAGUACACUAGAAACCUGGGAAGAUGAGGUUAAAUCCGCCUUUGACCCAUAUACACUCUACCCCCCACCUCCCCCAUCAACAACCUCACUAUCCCCACAACCACUAGAAGAAUACAAAGGAAUAAUAGACCUCACAACCUCCUGGAUGGCCCUCUGCGACCGUUCAACAGCCUACACCACCCUCUCCACCACCAUCCUCCCCACAAACCCUUCAAAAUCCUGGAAACUCUUAUCAACAAUAUCCCCCCCUUCCCUCUCCUCAGCUACAAAACUUGCCCCGGAGAAGGAAAAACCGGGUAUAUACCUCGCCCGUGGAAAUCUAGAAUUAUUGAGGAGUAAAAUCCCCAUAGAAGCCGCUAUGAAGGGGAAAGAAGUGUUAUUGAAGAAUGCGGGGGUGUAUUAUAGAGGUGUUGUGGCUAGUGCGGGGAGUAGUUUGAUCGGAGCGGUGGAUGGGGUUAAGAUUAAGGAAUUUGUGGAGGAGGCUAGGGUUAAAGAGGCGGUUAUAAAGUUGGAACAUGAGGGGGAUUGGGAACCGUUGAAGGCGGUGGUUAGGAGCGGUGUGGGUAGGGAAGCGGUGUGGAAGAUUGUGAAGGGUGCUGUGGAGGAUGGAGUGUUUGGGAAGGAGACUUUGGGAGUUAUAGAGGCGGAGAUGAGGGGGUAA